GUGGCUGCCUGUCCCACUCCCUGCUGAGACGCCCGCCUGAGAGGUCACCCACCCCGCAGUCCCAGGGAGCCCGAAACAGAACAGCCAAGUGAGCCGCGAUGGAAGCCGCAGAUGCCUCCAGGAGCAAUGCGGCCACCUCAGAAGCCAGGGAUGCCCGAAGCCCACAGGGCCCCACCGGCGGCCUGGAGAAUGGAGCCAAGGCUGACGGCAAAGAUGCCAAGACCAUCAAUGGGCACGGUGGGGAGAUGGCCGAGGGCAAGAGCCCGGGCAGUGGCCUGAAGCCAGGUGAGGGGAAGAGCUCCCUGUUCUUGGGGAGUGAGUGGCGGCGGCCCAUCAUCCACUUUGUCGAGUCCGUGGAUGACAAGGGCUCCAACUACUUCAGCAUGGACUCUGGGGAAGGCAGGCGGUCACCCUAUGCUGGGCUCCAGCUGGGGGCGGCCAAGAAGUCGCCCGUCACCUUUGCAGAGAAGGGGGAGCUGCGCAAGUCCAUCUUCUCAGAGCCGCGGAAGCCUGCGGUGUCUAUCAUGGAGCCCGGGGAGGUCCGGAGGAACAGCUACCCCCGGGCUGACCCGGGCAGCCUCCUGCGCUCCAAGUCGGGCUCUGAGGAGGUCCUGUGUGACUCGUGCAUCGGCAACAAGCAGAAGGCAGUCAAGUCCUGCCUGGUGUGCCAAGCCUCCUUCUGCGAGCUGCACCUCAAGCCCCACCUGGAGGGCGCCGCCUUCCGCGACCACCAGCUGCUCGAGCCCAUCCGUGACUUCGAGGCGCGCAAAUGCCCCCUGCAUGGCAAGACCAUGGAGCUCUUCUGCCAGACGGACCAGACCUGCAUCUGCUACCUCUGCAUGUUCCAGGAGCACAAGAAUCACAGCACCGUGACGGUGGAAGAGGCCAAGGCAGAGAAGGAGACGGAGCUGUCACUGCAAAAGGAGCAGCUGCAGCUCAAGAUCAUUGAGAUUGAGGAUGAAGCUGAGAAGUGGCAGAAGGAGAAGGACCGCAUCACGAGCUUCACCAGCAGUGAGAAGGAUAUCCUGGAGCAGAACUUCCGGGACCUGGUGCGGGACCUGGAGAAGCAAAAGGACGAAGUCAAGGCUGCACUGGAGCAGCGGGAGCAGGAUGCUGUGGACCAGGUGCAGGUGAUUGUGGAUGCUCUGGACGAGAGGGCCAAGCUGCUGGGUGAGGACAAGCAGACCAGGGAACAGCUGCACAGCAUCAGCGACUCAGUACUGUUUCUGCAGGAAUUUGGUGCAUUGAUGAGUAAUUACUCCCUCCCCCCACCCCUGCCCACCUACCGUGUUCUGCUGGAGGGGGAGGGCCUGGGGCAGUCGCUCGGCAACUUCAAGGACGACCUGCUCAAUGUGUGCAUGCGCCAUGUUGAGAAGAUGUGCAAGGCAGACCUGAGCCGUAACUUCAUCGAGAGGAACCACAUGGAGAACGGGAGUGACCAUCGCUACAUGAACAACUACACUAACAGCUACACGAGCGAGUGGAGUGCUCCAGACACCAUGAAGAGAUACUCCAUGUACCUCACGCCCAAGGGUGGGGCCAGGACAUCGUACCAGCCAGGAUCCCCCAGCCGCCUCUCCAAGGAGACCAACCAGAAGAACUUCAACAAUCUGUAUGGCACCAAAGGUAACUACACCUCCCGGGUCUGGGAAUACUCCUCCUCCCUUCAGAGCACCGAUGAGCUGCCCACGGUCCAAGGCAGCUCCUCCUUCUCCCUGAAAGGCUAUCCCUCCCUCAUGCGGAGCCAGAGCCCCAAGGCCCAGCCCCAGACUUGGAAGUCUGGCAAGCAGACUUUGCUGUCUCACCACCGGCCGUUCUACGUCAACAAGGGCAGCGGGAUCGGGUCCAGUGAGGCCCCCUGAGCUCACGCGGGCGGAACGAGGCACCGCCAGCCCUGCCCCCCAGCUGAUCCUGCUGCUCUUGCUACUGUUCCCAUCUGGUGGGAGGGAGCCCGGCCCUGCGCUGCCACCCCCAGCCCUCUGCGGCCCUCUCGGGCUGGCCUGGCCUCCCCCUCCUCCCCAACUAGCCACGCUCCAUCCAGGGCCCUCUCCUGCUGUGUGACUUCUGACGGUCACCAUCUUUCCUGUGCUCAGAGGCCAACCACAGCAGGGUGGGAGAUAGGUGGGCUCCUAUCCCCUAACCCAAUACCCCCCUCCUCUUGGGUGGGAUCAUUGGGGCUCGCAGUGGGAGCCCACGUGGUACCAGCCUGUCUCUCCUGCCCACGCCCCUGCUGUCUUCAGGCCUGUUGGCCAAUUCUCUCGAAGGCCCCUUGCCCCAUGAUGCGGCCAGGAG